AUGGGCGGCGGCGCCGCGUUCUUCGGGUCGGCUUACUUUGAGCAGCGGGCGGCGCCGGCGAGGCAGCAGCAAGGGGCGCCGCGCCGGGACGGCGGCGGGCUGUUUGGCGGCGCUGAUGUCAUGCAGCGACAGCUGCUGGCGCAGUUGGCGCGGCGGCAGCGCAUGGCGGAGCUGUACACAAAGUUUGGGGACCAGCGGGGCGGCGGCGGUGCAAGCGGCACGGGUGGCGGCGGGCAGGGGCUGGGCGGCGGCGCGGCAGGGAAUGGGUCAGCGCAGUCUGUGCGUGAGGAGGGGCGGGAGUCGCGCAGCAGCCGCAGCCGCGAGGCGGACGACUUUGACCCGGAGGACGAGUACCAGGACGCCCAGGACGCCAUCGACGAGCUCGUAGAUCAAGAGGAGGAGGAGCGGGAGCUGGAGGAGGUGGAGGAUCUGCUGGAGUACUACCUGCAGCGGGCCAGCGGGACCCAGUCGGAAGCCGAGCGGCAGCUGGAGGGGGCGCGCGACCUCGAGGAGUCGAUCGGGGUCAGCCUGUCGGCGAGACGCUACGAGGUCAACCGGCUGGAGCUGAUGCUGUCGAUGGGCAGCUUCGCGGCGGCUGUCGGCGCGAUGGUCGCGGGCAUAUUUGGGAUGAACAUGAAGAGCACGCUCGAGUUCAGCGUGGCCGGGUUCUGGGGCGUCACGCUGGCGAUUGUGCUGGGGUGCUGCUACAUGUUUGUGGCGAUUAUGAGGUACACGCAGCGGCGGAAGAUCCUGUGA